AUGAGCGGUAUCGUCCAACCUCUUGUGGGAGGCAUCCAGGCUACGGUCUCUGUCAUUCUCACCAUCAGCUUCGGAGUAGCUUUCUCUCAGUUCGGCCUACUGGAUGCCGAUGCAGCAAGCAAAAUCUCCAAGACUUCUGUCAAGGUCUUGCUGCCGUGCCUAUUGAUCAACAAUCUGGGCGAAAACUUGAAUCCUGAGACAGCACAUGAAUACGUCCCUAUUAUACUCUGGGCUAUUGUUUACAAUGUCCUCUCUAUCUUCCUUGGUCGCGUGCUCUGUAAAGUGUUCAACCUCCCACGAUGGACCAUUCCCGCGAUCGCCUUCAACAACACUACGUCGCUUCCACUACUUCUUAUCCAAUCGCUGGAGACGACUGGUAUUCUCAGUCCUCUUGUGUCGUCUGGCGAGAAAACAUCCGAAGCAGUGUCACGUGCACGAACUUACUUCCUGGUCUCGGCGGUUGUGUCGCAUGCUCUCACUUUUGGCAUUGGUCCUAGUGAGCUGAAUGGUGACAACGAGGAUGGCCCUGAAGACAGCAACGAACAGCAGAAUGGAAACGCAAACGAUGUGCAGGGCGACGGUGCGCCUCGCCAGCGGUACCGCGAUGACCCAGAGGCGCAAGAAGAUGAUAACGAAAAUGAGGACGAUGACAACGAGUCUUCAGACUCUGCGCCUGAAACCUCCCUCCUCCCUCGUGCAGUCAGACAUCGCCUGCACAGGACGAACAAGCAUACCCACAGCAUCGUGAACAGCUCCAUGGACAAGCUCCCAUCGUUUCUCCAGACAGCUAUCACCGCAGUGUACAAUUUCAUGACGCCCCCUCUGAUUGGAGCCAUUCUUGGAGCAGUCAUUGGUCUCGCUCCUCCCCUGCACAAGCUCUUCUUCGCAGAUAGCAAUGAGGGCGGCUACCUCAACGCCUGGCUCACCCAGAGUAUCAAGAAUAUCGGCCAGCUUUUCGUUACGCUGCAGGUCGUAGUCGUGGGCGUGAAGCUUGCGCAGGCACUGCGUAAAGAGAAACGCGGAGAAAACACAGGGACACUGAACUGGACACCCAUUGCCAUUGUCACUGUUGUCAGAUAUUUCAUCUGGCCGGCUAUCAGCGUGGCUCUGGUAUAUGCGCUAGCCGCGAAAACCUCAUGGCUGCCCCAAAAUCCUAUGCUGUGGUUCGUCAUGAUGUUGAUGCCUGCCGGACCGAGUGCCAUGAAGGUCAUGGUACUCGCUGACGUGUCAGACGCCGAGCACGAAGACAAGAUGAUCAUUGCGAAGUUUUUAGCUAUCGUUUACGCAAUCUCGCCUCUGAUGACGUUGAGCGUUAUUGGCGCUCUGCAGGCUUGCAACGCUGCUAUGUAG